GUGCCGUUUGCCAGUGACGAGUCUCUAGGCUAUAUAACACUAGAGUCCUACAUUGCACUCACCCAAAAAUGCUCCCAUCCAUUCUUUUCCUUCUCCUUGCUGUCUUUGCGGGAGUUCACUCUCUUUCUUAUAUCGGCGCCGAUUUCUCCUCAUUGGUAAAUUUGGAGAACUCAGGGACGUCUUACUCCGACGGGGGUAGCACUGAAGCUUUUGAAACGAUCCUGACCAACCAUGGUGCUAAUAUCGCACGCAUCAGAGUUUGGACGAGUGAAAGCGACGACGAGUAUAGCUUGGACUAUGGUCUUGCCUUGGCGAAAAGGGCCGUCGAUGCUGGGAUGGCACUGCUGAUUGACCUGCACUAUAGCGAUACAUGGGCUGAUCCUUCCGACCAAGCAAUCCCCUCUGCCUGGGAUGAAGAUUUGGAUUCCCUGAACACGUCAAUAUACACAUACACCCUUGAUCUCGUCAACGCUUUCAUCGACCAAGGAACCACCAUUGAUUACAUCCAGAUCGGUAACGAAAUCAACGGCGGCAUCCUCUGGCCAACUGGAGAGGUAUCGACCAACGGUUACGAGCCGCUCUCCGAGUUGCUCCACUCAGCAGUCAGUGCGGUCCGAGAAGCAUCGUCAACGACUAAGACUGUCAUCCACCUGGCGAAUGGCUGGGACGAAGACAGUGUGUCGUAUUUCUACAAGAACAUCUUCUAUCAGGGUGCACUGGAGCUUGAAGAUGUCGAUGUCAUGGCUUUCUCUUUCUAUCCGUUCUAUGACGAAGAUGCAACAUUAUCGGCUCUCAAGUCGAGUCUUAACGCUGUUGUUUCUGCAUAUGCAAAGGAUAUAAUGAUCGUAGAAACCGACUGGCCGUAUGAGUGUUCUUCGGUCGUUUUGUCGGAAAGUAUUUCUGUAUCCGUUUCUGGGCAAGAAACUUGGAUGUCGGACAUCAAGACCAUGUUGGAGGACUUAUCUGACGACCAUGGAGUUGGUCUUUUCUACUGGGAACCUGGUUGGAUUGGAAAUGCAGGUCUUGGUUCGUCUUGCGAAGACAAUCUCUUGGUGGAUAGUUCAGGGAAAGCCAGAGACUCCAUGUCGGUUUUUGGUAGCUAAGAGAGAUAGAUCUGAGAUCUGUGGUAUCCACAAAUACGAGUAUAAGUCAGCC